AUGCAUUUCAGAAAGGGGAAAGGAAGCAGAUCCACCUUCUCCGCAAAUUACGUAUCGAAUGCAGUGAAAUUCACCUUGGUCGCAGUACUCAAGCCUAAACUUCACGCUCUUUUUGGUUGUUCUAGGAACGCUAAGGGCUCUCACCGUCAGAAAGCCCGUGUGACGCUCAGGCCCCAACGUCUUGAAGGCUGCCCACGAUCCGACACCAAUGUAGCGGUAUUGGUCUCCGCAGCAAGAGUCGCCGGCCAGGCAGGCACGAUACCUACUCUGAAGGGCCGCACGAAGCGGAGAGUCUCAAGUUGCUCAGUGUCUACGAACCGCCAGCCUCUCAAGUGCACCCAAUACCCAAGUCAGCCCUUUGCAUUCACACCUCGAACACCGCCGUCCUGCUGGGCACAUCGAUAA